UUCAAAAUUUGUAGUGUGGCAUUCAUAGAGAUGUAAGUCCGUAAUUUGAAAAAUUGAAUUGUGCGGCAUUCGUUGGCCUUCGGGGAUAACAAGUCUGCAAGAUUAGUAUACGAAAAGUGCCUAUACCGAAAUAGAAAUAUGGGCAAGUGGUAGAUACUGUAUCGAUAGUUUGUCAAUUUCUGGCUAUACCGACGUUUUGACCUAUUUUGACGCGACGAUCUCUUAAUGAAGUGAUCUUUUGUUGGUCCUUUCUCCUGUUUUCGCAUAUUCUGUUUUCUUCGAAAUUAGAGACCGGAUCGAGAUGAGUCCCGAAAAUGAGAAAUAUUUCGUUACUAAUAUUUUAAUUUAUUUUUAGAUUAAAAAUGACUUCAUUAUUACAAUCUUGGCUAGUUAAAUAUAAAUGUAAUUGUUCUGCCUGGUUCCCACUUUGUCAAAUGCAUUAUUGCCGAAAAUGUUCAAGAUUAGGAUGCCCUGUUUGUGUUAUUGAAGAAAUUGAUAUUGUUUUUUGUCCAAAUUGUUUAGAAAAUGUUACAAAUAUUGACAAUCAACAAAGACGGUUUCGAUGCAAAAAUUGUUAUGAAUGUCCGGUUUGUGGUCAUCUUUUGGGUAUACGUUCACAAGGAGAUCAAUAUCACCAUCAUUGUAAUGCUUGUAAAUGGACUAGUAAAGAUUUGGAUAUUCCCGAAAAUAGAACAAAUGAAGAACUUUGGCCAGAACUUAAAAAUCCUUUGGACAAAGAAUUGGGAAGGAUUAGUGAAUUAAUUAAAGCUAAACUUUCAAAUCUCGGCAUUUUACAAAAUGAUCGUUAUGGCCUUCAAGGAGCUUAUAAUUUACGCAAAAAAGCGUUGGAAAAGAUCCCAGAAACUAAAGAACCUUUAAUUUUGUUAUCUCCGUCUGCUGACGUUCCCGAAUUAGACCCAAGUCUGUUGACCGAACCAAUUGACCCCGGAAAUGUCCCAAAUUUGUCUCAAUCAAUUUUACAUUUAAUUACUGACAAAAAAGGAAGAUUACACCCUUUACAUGUAAAAACAAAUUCAAGAAGAAUUUUAAGAUGUGCGGAAUGUGAAAAUAUUAUUUAUAGAGGGGAAUUUUCUCCAAAAGAUGUUAAGCCUAAAUUACAGGUUUUUCAAUUUUUUUGUUUUUGUUAA